ACGAGAAAGGAAUGCUGCACAUGACGCAUGCCAGGUGAGCGCCUGCACCUGAAAUGCUACAGCCUCAGGAGACUUUCUUGAAACUUGGCAGCAGUCGCAGCAAACCGUGCCACCGAUUCAUGGUUAAGGGCUCCUUCCUCUUGCAGCUGGAUUGCCAGCUCUCCUAGGAGCUAGCUGAAUGAGCCAAUCAAGUAAAGGCAGCAAAUUCUAGUUUAUCCACCUUCCUUGCUUGCUCACACAGGACCAGGCAAUAUCAGAGCACUCCUCCACUUGUCAAGGUCCGCAAAGCUAGUGGAGGUAGUAAGGGGGAAAACGCAGUUGCGGCACUCUCAAUCAAAGCGACAUCAGUCAAUCCUUGUCCUUCUCUAAUUCAGCAUGGCACUUGCUGGCAUGUCUGAAGAGUUCAAGCAGAAGCAGGCCCUGUUCUUCAAUCAGCAGCACUCAGGGCUGCUGGACGUGACCGAUGAGGUGGCGGCCUGGACGGAAGAGCUGGUUAAGCAGGAGAAUUUUGUAAUCACUUCGAAACCGGCGGAGUACCUGGAGACAGUCCGAACUAACCUCAAGUGGGAUCAUAUGAACAUGAAGAAGGCACUGGUGCGCUUGCAGUUGAUGGACAGCACGCUCUGGUUCUUGCCCGCCCUUCAACGGGAUGGCGAGCGAAACCAGCUGUGCGGGAUCUGGAGGUUUGGUGAUUCCAUGGUUGGUCACCCGCACGUGACGCACGGGGGCGCCAUCUCCUUUGCUUUUGACGAGAGCUUUGGGGUGCUCUUUGCGUCGGCCUUUGCAUACCAGGGAGUGCUCGGCAUGACUGCGAACUUGUCCGUCGACUACAAGAAGCCGUACCCCGCCAAUAAGCACGCGUUGCUCAGGGCGCAUGUUGAGAACGUGGAGAGGCGAAAGGUGUUUAUGAAGGCGACCCUUCAGGACGGGCCCAACGGCGCCAUCUAUGCCGAGGCAAAAGCCCUCUUCAUUAUCCUCAAGGAUCCGCCUCCGCAGUCGGCAAAAAGGCCUGAGUCCUGACUUGCAGUGGGGUUGGAGCGCUUGAUUGAGACUCGUCGACUACACGGACGGAGGACAGUUAAUAUUAUAUGUUUGCCACAGAUCAUGUGUUGCUCGCUUUCGUCAAAUUACCAGGUUUUGGAGCAUGGCUCUUCGAAGCGUUGUAGCAUACACAAAGAUAGGUUUUGUAGUAUUGAAUGCGAAGUUUCGUAAUUUGCAAAAAUGAGUACCAACUAAAACAAUCACUGCCAGACGGUGAUGACCCACUCUAAUCCAUGUAUCGUUGUCUUUCAGCCCUUCUAGAAAUGGACAACGUGACGACUGCUUUCUCAUAGCUGUAAAUUUGACACUCGCUAGCAUUGAUCUGCAUAAGUAUGUACGAAGCCGGCCGGCC